AUGGACGCUGACGCUGACGCCGCGCCGCCCGCGCCCGCGCGCACGCCGUCCAGCAGCCCGCCCGCCAGCAGCCCUGACGAAAGCUCGCCCGACGACGCCAGCUCGACGACGGGCGCGCAGCCGCCGUCGCUGCGCGCGGUGUCGCCGGCUGCCAUGACGGCGUCGUCCACGCCGCUGGGCCAUAUCAACGCUGCUCGCCGGCCCGCGCCGCCCACGCCGGGCCACUCCAGCGGGCUCAGCCAGGACAUCCAGGCCAAGAUGAAGGCCUUCUCGCUGUCGCGCCAGGGCGCCCGCCCGGUCGGCAGCCCGCAGUCCGCUGCCGCCGCCGCAGUGUCGUCGCCGUCGCCGCUGUCCCCCGUCGGCGAUGCUGAUCCCAUCGCCCUGGCCAGCGCCCGCCUGCCCCUGUCCCCGCCCACCAGCCGCCCGCCGCCGCCCGCCAGCUGGGCGUCGUUACCAGCGCCGCGCGCCCCGCGGCCCGGCGGACUGGCCGCCAAACGCGGGCUCAACCAGCCCAUGAAGCUGUCGGACGCGGGCGCCACGCGGCCCCCGCUGCCAGGCGCGCCGUCAACGCUGCCGGCCGGCGUGCCGUCCAAGGCGUCGUUCGCGCACGCGCAGUCGGGCUUCAGCAAGUACGCCGAGAUCAUCGACACCACCGCCGGCACGCUGCAGUUCAAGGACAAGGCCGUCAUCCACGGCGGCGGCAUCGACUUCACCGGCGGCCGCAGCUUCACCAUCUCGCUGGACGAAGUCGACACGCUCGACGAGCUGGGCAAAGGCAACUACGGCACCGUCUACAAGGUGCGCCACUGCCGCCCGCGCCUGCGCCGCCCCGGCCGUGGCCUGCGAGGCUCGCUGGGCGUGCCGCCGCCGCAUGAUACGCAGACACCGGCCCAGACGCAGUCGCAGUCGCAGUCGCAGUCACAGACCCAGACACAGACACAGGCGCCGUCCGCUCCGCCGCCCGCCGCGCCCGACGCCCUGUCCAACGUCGUCAUGGCCAUGAAGGAGAUCCGCCUGGAGCUGGACGAGGCCAAGUUCGCCGCCAUCAUCAUGGAGCUCGACGUGCUGCACCGCUGCGUGUCGCCCUUCAUCAUCGACUUCUACGGCGCCUUCUUCCAGGAGGGCGCCGUGUACAUCUGCGUCGAGUACAUGGACGGCGGCUCCAUGGAGAAGCUGUACGGCGACGGCGUGCCCGAGUCCAUCCUGCGCAAGAUCGCGCUGUCCACCAUCAUGGGCCUCAAGUCGCUCAAGGAGGAGCACAACAUCAUCCACCGCGACGUCAAGCCCACCAACAUCCUGGUCAACACGCGCGGCCAGGUCAAAAUCUGCGACUUCGGCGUCAGCGGCAACCUCGUCGCCAGCAUCGCCAAGACCAACAUCGGCUGCCAGAGUUACAUGGCUCCCGAGCGCAUCGCCGGCGGCGCCCCCGCCUCGGGCCCGGACGGCGGCACCUACAGCGUGCAGAGCGACAUCUGGAGUUUGGGCCUGUCGCUGGUGGAGUGCGCCAUGGGCCGCUACCCCUAUCCGCCGGAAUCCUAUAACAACAUCUUCAGCCAGCUGAACGCCAUUGUCCAAGGCGAGCCGCCCACGCUGCCCGACGACGGCUACUCCCCCGACGCAAAGGACUUCGUGCAGUGCUGUCUCAACAAGAACGCUGCGCUGCGCCCGACCUAUGCCACCCUCCUCCGCCACGCCUGGCUCGCCGAUCUGCUGGCUCCGCCCCCGGCCGUCGACGGCGCCGACGACGCCGACGCGCCACUCGACACCGCGGACGAGGAGGUCGCCGCCUGGGUGAAGGACGCCUUGGACCGUCGCCAGCGCGGCGUCAUGGGCCGCCACGCCCAGCCCGCCCUGCACAAAGUCGCCCUGGACGCCGUGCCCGGCAGCCCACUUCUCGACGACCCGGCCAGCCUGGCGGCGUUCCAACCACAGUGA